AUGUUGAUCCUCUUGGAUAGUAAGAGUGACCAAGUCAAUGGCAUAAGCUUCCACCCUAAAAGACCAUGGAUCCUCUCCAGUUUUCACAGUGGUGAUAUCGUGCUCGUGGAUUAUCGGUCGCGUACUGUGAUCCAUAGAUUCAAGGAGCACGAGGGACCUGUUCGCAGUGUUCACUUCCAUAAUUCACAGCCUUUGUUCGUCUCGGGAGGGGAUGAUUACAAGAUUAUGGUGUGGAACUACAACACACACACGUGCCUUUUCACGCUUCUCGGCCAUCUCGAUCGUAUCCGCACUGUUCAGUUUCACCACGAAAAGCCUUGGAUUGUGAGUGCUAGUGACGACAAGACUAUCCGCAUUUGGAACUGGCAGUCACAUACUUGUAUUUCCGUCUUGACUGGUCACACUCAUUAUGCUAUGUGUGCUUCUUUCCAUCCUAAAGAAGACCUUGUCGUAUCAGCAUCCUCGGAUCACACCGUCCGUGUGUGGGAUAUUACUUCUCUUGGGAAGAAGACAGCAUCUCCUGCUGAUGACGCUAUUGUUAAGUACGUCCUUACAGGUCAUGUUAGAGGAGUUAACUGGGCUUCUUUUCAUCCCACCCUUCCUCUCAUCGUCUCUGGUUCAGAUGACCGGAAAAUAAAGCUGUGGCGGCGUAUGAACGAAACUAAAGCGUGGGAGGUGGUGGGUACACUGCGAGGUCAUGUUAAUAACGUUUCAUCCGUCAUAUUUCACGCGAAACAGGACAUGAUUGUAUCGAGCUCCGAGGAUAAGUGCAUGUGUGUCUGGGAUGCUACCAAGAAAACAAAAAUUCUUACUUACAAAUGUAAACGUUUCCGAUUAUGGAAUCUUGCUGUUCAUCCUGAAAUCAAUCUGCUGGCAGUGGGACACGACAAGGGCAUGAUGGUGUUCAAAUUUGAGAGAGAGCGUCCUGCAUUUGCUUUCAGUGGUGAUUCUUUGUUCUAUGCCAAGGAUGGAUUUUUGAGGUGCUACGAAUAUUCAUCUCAGAAAGAUUCGCAGGUUAUCCCUAUACAACGUAUGAAUCAAAAUCCAAGGACUCUUUCUUACAGCCCGACGGAGAAUGCAGUUUUGAUCUGCUCAGAUUUGGAUGAUGGUGGUGGUUCUUACGAGCUGUACAUCAUACCGAAAGGUAACCUUGGUAAGGGUGACAUUGUGCAAGACGCAAGGAAUAGGAAAUGUCGUUCUGCGGUAUUCAUUACCAGUAAUCGAUUUGCUGUUCUUGAGGAAAGCACCGGCCAUGUGCUAGUGAAGAAUCUAAAAGAUAAGGUGAUUAAAGAGAGUUGUCUGCCUGUUCCCACGGAUGGUAUCUUUUAUGCUGGCGCUGGAAAUCUGCUUUGUAGGUCUGAGGAUAAAUUGGUUAUAUUUGACCUCCAGCGAGAGCUUGUUCUUGGUGAACUUCAGACACCUUUUGUUAGGUACGUCGUUUGGUCUGAUGAUAUGGAGCGUGUUGCUUUGCUCAGCAGUCAUACCAUCGUUAUCGCCAGCAAAAAUCUCGUCCUCCAGUGCGUUCUUCAUGAGACUGUACGUGUGAAAAGUGGAGCUUGGGACGACGAUGGUGUCUUCAUUUACACAACUCUGAAUCGCAUCAAGUAUUGUCUUCCAAAUGGAGAGAGUGGAAACAUCCGGGCCCUAGAUGUCCCUAUCUAUAUCACCAAGGUGUCUGGCAAUACAAUCUUUUGCUUGGAUCGAGAUGGGAAAAACAGGGCUAUCACCAUUAAUGCAACUGAGUAUCUAUUCAAGCUUUCACUCCUGAGAAAGAGUUACGGUCAUGUCAUGAGCAUGCUAAAUAACUCCCCGCUAUGUGGACAGGCUAUGAUUGCUUACCUGCGGCAGGAAGGAUUCCCUGAAGCUGCUCUCCAUUUCGCGGAAGACGAGAGGGUCCGAUUCAACCUGGCUCUCGAAAGUGGCAACCUCAGCUCAGCUUUUGCAUCGGCCACACAAAUUAACGAGAAAGACCACUGGUAUAGACUUGGGGUGGAAGCUCUUCGCCAGGGUAAUUCUAGAAUUGUUGAGUUUGCAUACCAGCAGACCAAGAACUUUGCGAAGCUAUCUUUUCUUUAUCUCAUUACUGGCAAUUUGGACAAGCUUUCAAAACUGAUGGAGAUUGCGGAAGUAGUGAAGAAGAAGAAUGUGAUGAGUCAGUUUCACAAUGCUCUCUACCUUGGAGAUGUUAAAGAGCGUGUUAGUAUACUGGAGAGUAGUGGUCAUUUGCCUCUAGCUUAUAUCACGGCUUCUGUUCAUGGCUUAAAUGACAUUGCUGAGCGACUGGCGGCUGAGCUAGGAGAUAACGUGCCUGUAUUGCCUGAAGGGAAAACUCCAUCGCUUCUACUGCCACCAUCUCCCGUCAUGUGUGGUGGGGAUUGGCCUCUUAUAAGAGCAAUGAAAAUAAGUGCAGCCAGAGAAGGGGCAGUUGAUGGCGAUUGGGAUUACAUGGUCGUCGAUAUUGAUGGAAUGGAGAACAGGGACUUCGAGGACGGUGGAUGGGUGGUAAUUGAUCUCCCACCACGUUCAUCUGUCUCUGCAACACCACCUAGUCACGGUAUGCCCGUAAAAAGAGAACUAAGGAGAAGAAGGGGAUUCCAAGUUUAGAUAUCGAACCAUAGUGUAAAUAGAUUUGUAUUUUUUUCAUUCACUACAGUUUUUUUAGAACAUAUUCAACGAAUACUCAUUUUCUGUACAAUAUCUGUUUUAUUCUUUAGUUACUUAAUCCACACGUUAACAGA